CCGGUCGAUCUCAGACAAUUUUUCUUUCCGGCCUCAAAAAAAGGCAGUGGAUUACCUUCCUUUUUUACCAAAAAUCGACUGCUCCAAAAUUUCUCGGGAAAACACUAUCUAUCUAUCGUGCAGCUCAAAGUAUAGUUACUUUUUCGAGAGAUUCGGAACUAUUGGUAUAAAGGGGACGCUGGUCGCAGAAAUUUCGUUGGUUCCGCUUUCGCAUUAAUAUAAAUAGCGAAGCGCAAAAAAAAAGAAGAAGACGGGUAACGAUUAAAUAUAGUCCGCGCGAUUUUUAUUGUCGUAAAAGCAGAAUUAGUUUAAAAAUUAUAAUAACAAUAAUAGGCGGUCGAGUGACAACAGUUUGGGUGUCAAAUUCAGGUAAACAAUUUCUGUGUGAAACGUCGUUGCCCAAUUGUUGGUGCUCAUUUCAACAAUGUUUGUGUGGUUGAUAAUGCUUGUCAACUAUAAUAUCGUUCAGUUUCAAUAGUCUAAUCCAUGGUGUGACGCAAUAGCUCGGCUACUGAUAACCUUUAAACAGCAUAUCGGCACACAGUGACCUAAUUAGUUAGUUACGAUUGAAAUUAAAAAAAAAACAUGUAUAAUUGCUUGAUUGGCAAGGAUCGGUGCAAAUUGAAGACGCGGUGUCAUACGAUUAAGUGUACCUGGCAUAUGACAAAAUGUCUAUGUUGAAGGGAAAAUACGCUUUGGUCACUGGUGGCGCUCAAGGAAUCGGCUUCGCUUGCGUUAAGGAACUUCUUGUCAACGGAAUUGAGGGCGUGACAUUGGCGGAUAUUAACAAGGUUAGAGGAGAGGAAUCUACUGCGCUACUUAAAAGGGAGUUUGGAACGGAAAAGGUUAUCUUCGUAGCUGCUGACGUUUCCAAAAAGGAUCAAGUUGAAGGUGCGUUCAAAAAAUCAAUCGAGCAUUGGAAACACCUCGACAUAUUGAUCAACAAUGCGGGAAUUCUGGGAGAACAAGAUUGGAAACCUACCCUUUCGACUAAUUGCGAUGGAAUGCUUCAUGGCACGCUAUCUGGACUUGAAUACAUGAGCACGAAGCAAAAUGGUCGAGGUGGAGUGAUUGUAAAUAUGGGUUCAAUUAACGGCGUGUAUCCGAACGCUACCAUUCCAGUGUAUUCGGCGACAAAGGCCUUUACGGUCAUGCUGGGACGUUGCUUCGGCGACCCCAUCUACUACGAUCACAACGGCGUCAAAGUUCUCACUAUUUGCCCGGGAGUAACGAUCACUGAGAUGAUUCAUAAUGGGCCUAAUUUAAUGUCGAGCGAAAGUCUCUGUCCGAAUAUUCACAAGGUUUCGCAGGGGUUAUUAGAGAGGCUGAAACGUCAAACAUGCGAAGAGCUUGCGAAACAAAUUUUGGAUGUUAUGAUUAGAGGUAGGAGUGGAACCGCAUGGGUUAUCGCUGGGAACGAAGCCACGCAGGUUGAUUUCUCGACAACGGAUCGCCAGGCCAACGUCUAAGAGAAUUUUAUUUUGUGAUGAUACUAUGCGAUGUCCAUUAAAAAUUUUAAUUCUCUCACAA